AUGGAAUCUCAGAAAGAAAAGCUUCUUCGUACGAGAUGCAAAGAUGACCAGCGAUUAUCCCUAACAGCAGCCAUGACGACGGAAUUUGAAGCCAAGGCUAGAAGAUGCUACUCCUCAAAGUUCAAAACCAUUCAUACUGAUACAUUUCGGAAGAUGAUGCUCACCGAUGCCUUCUUCAUCAUCCAUACCUUUCUCUCUUACGACCGUUGGUGCAAGAAUCCGGGUGAUCCAAAACUGCAAGGCAACCCCAUUUUGACAACACCUUGGAGGCAAGGAAAUAUUUGCGAGGAUUUACUGAUGCUAGAGAAUCAGGUUCCCUUUUUCAUUCUUGUCAAAGUGUAUGCUAUACUGACCAACGAAGAAGAAUCAGAAAAUUGUUUGAAGAAGCUGGCGAUGCAGUUCUUCAAACAAGUUGAAUUCGGAAGAGCUGGCGGCGAUUCAGUAGAAGUUACAUUAGCAGACAACCCCAAACAUUUGCUGGAUUUGUUCCAUAGAAGUUUUGUUGUAGUGGUGGAGGACAGAACAUCGUCGUCAUCGUCGCGGCCGGUGCCUAUAAUGGAAACAAAUUACUGGGUAAGACGUGCUUCAGCACUCAGUUCAAAUGGACUCAGUUUCAUCGGAACCAACAAAGGCAACCCACUGGAUAUUAAGGUCAGUGACUACAUAGGACGUUUGAGAGUUCCAACACUUUGUAUCAACGACAGAACUGUCACUGUCCUCAAAAACCUGGUGGCAUACGAGCAAGGGUCGCCUCUAACAAACCCAUAUUUCACUACCCUCGCAAUCUUCUUCUUCAAUAUUGCACCCAAUGCCGAGGAAAUCAAACUUCUGAGGGAGGCAGACAUUAUCAACCACCAAUUAGAAGAUGAUGGAGCGGCCGCUCUUCUUCUGAAACAACUCUACGAAGCCUCCCAGAAUUGCUUUAAUGCUUGCCUCAUCAAACGUCAUCUUCAACUCAUUGAGGAAUACCAUAUAUCUUAUAUAGCCUGGGUUAAGAGUUCCCUGAUGAAGAUGAUAGGUGGGGCGGCGACCAAGCUCGUGUGCCAGGCUGUUGUGUUCUUAAUUGCUAUUUUCUUCUAUGACAAGUUUGGUAGAGCAUGGAUGAUGGCGUUCACACUAGCAACACAACACAAAGGAACUUGA